AUUUUGUACCAGCUCUAGCUUAGCUCGCGGAAAACAAAGACCACCAAACAGCGAAGCGGCGUAUUUCGCCAGCGCAACGUAAAAACAUUCGAUUUCACCUGUGCGCGUUUUGUGAAAAUCUCAUUUUUAAACGAACACAUCGAAAACCGACGAACUUUUUGGCGGAGAAAGCAGAAGCCCCAUAAAGAAAAUCACUCAUCCACAAAAAUGAGGCUGUUGGCGGCAGCAACAGUUGCGCUUGUAUUGCUUUUGGGCCAAGCAGCUGGCGAGGAACUCACGGAGGAGCGAGCGGGACAGGAACAGGGAGAUGCGGAGAGCGCGGCAACUACAGAAACGACUACGGACCAGGCGGUGACCGAGCCGCCGAUCAAGCUGGUCCAUGUCUUGAAUCCCGGGGAGCGGGAGUAUCUGUCGCCCAACCUGAUUGGCGUUCAGAACAUAGCCAUGACCUUCUUGCCGCUGUCGAUGAACUUUGUGAAUGUCAUCGAUGCCUUCCGGGAGAUUACCGCCGGAGUGCGCUACGAGAUCCUGCUGAACGCGGUUGACACGAAGGCGAAGCAACCGGCGGAGGCGGACACCAUCUGCCGGCUGGUCAUCCUGGAGAAACCCUGGCUGCGCACCCAAUGGGGUGACAAACAUCGCGAGCUGGUCAACUCGAAUUGCAGCGAUUCGGCGGAGAACUCGGUGACGGGCGAUCCGGCGGAGAAGGCACGACUGCUCAACGAGAAAUACGUGCUUCGCAGCAGACGCAGCUUGAACGACAUUCCCCUGGGCGAGCAUAAGCCUUAUGAUGAGGAGGCGGCAAAGGCGCAACUUCAGGAGUCCCUCGACAAACUUACCGCCGGAGAGGGACCACAUUACAAAAUAGUGAAAGUUUACUCAGCUUCUCGGCGGGUUGUGUCGGGCACCUUGACCCGCAUCGAUGCAGACCUAAUCGAUGGGUCGCACUCCCAGCACCGUUGCAUCGUGGAGAUCUGGUCGCAACCCUGGCUGGCGAAUAACGAAAUCACCUUCAAGUGCCGCAACCAGCCGGUGGUGCAGGCCCGUCACAGCCGAUCCGUGGAGUGGGCCGAGAAGAAGACGCACAAAAAGCACAGCCACCGGGCGCUGGACAAGGUUGAGCACCUGUUCCACAAGUUCCAGGUGCGGUUUGGCCGCCGCUACGUGAGCACCGCCGAACGCCAGAUGCGCCUGCGCAUCUUCCGCCAGAACAUGAAGACCAUCGGGGAGCUGAACGCCAACGAGAUGGGUAGCGCAAAGUACGGCAUCACGGAGUUCGCGGACAUGACCAGCUCGGAGUACAAGGAACGCACGGGCCUGUGGCAGCGUGAUGAGGCCAAGGCCACUGGCGGAUCUGCGGCUGUGGUGCCGGCCUACUCCGGUGAACUGCCCAAGGAGUUCGACUGGCGGCACAAGAAUGCUGUCACCCAGGUGAAGAACCAGGGAUCAUGUGGCUCGUGCUGGGCCUUCAGUGUGACGGGCAACAUCGAAGGCCUGUACGCCGUGAAAAACGGCGAGCUGAAGGAGUUCUCCGAGCAGGAGCUGCUCGACUGUGAUACCACGGACAGUGCCUGCAACGGUGGCCUCAUGGACAAUGCCUACAAAGCCAUCAAGGACAUUGGCGGCCUGGAGUACGAAGCCGAGUAUCCCUACAAGGCGAAGAAGAAUCAGUGCCACUUCAACAAGACCUUGUCCCACGUUCAGGUCUCCGGUUUUGUGGAUCUGCCGAAAGGCAACGAGACCGCCAUGCAGGAGUGGCUGCUCACCAAUGGACCCAUCUCGAUUGGCAUCAACGCCAACGCUAUGCAGUUCUAUCGCGGCGGCGUCUCACAUCCCUGGAAGACCCUGUGCUCCAAGAAGAACCUCGACCACGGAGUGCUGGUUGUGGGCUAUGGCGUCUCCGACUACCCCAACUUCCACAAGACCCUGCCCUACUGGAUCGUGAAGAACUCGUGGGGUCCGCGCUGGGGAGAGCAGGGCUACUAUCGCGUCUACCGCGGUGACAACACCUGCGGCGUCAGUGAGAUGGCCACUUCAGCUGUGCUCGCCUAGGCUUGAUUCGAGUCCAUCUAAUAUACAUACAUACGACUAUAUCUAGGUUAAUACUUCAGACAGCAACUUUGUGUACAAUUCCGUUUCAAUGUUCUUCAACCGUUAGUUUUUAGAGCUUCUUCUAACCGUAUAAUCAUUUCGGACAUCUGUAAUCUCACGAAAAAGUCUGCAUUCACAUAUUCUGCUUUAAAUUGAAAUAAUAAAUUGUACAAGAACUAAAUCUUA